AUGCGGAGCGGGCGCGGCCACGUGGAGGCCCCCGAAGCCUCCGGUGACCCCCCGGCGGUGCCGCAGGUGCUGGUGAUCGAUGGGCGCGGACACCUCCUGGGUCGGCUGGCGGCCAUCGUGGCCAAGCAGGUGCUGCUGGGGCGCCGCGUGGUUGUGGUUCGGUGCGAGGGGAUCAACAUCUCCGGCAACUUCUACCGCAACAAACUGAAGUUCCUGGCGUUCCUGCGCAAGAGGAUGAACACCAACCCCUCCCGGGGGCCCUUCCACUUCCGCGCCCCGAGCCGCAUCUUCUGGCGCACCGUCAGGGGGAUGUUGCCCCACAAGACCAAGCGGGGCCAGGCGGCGUUGGAGCGGCUCAAGGUGUUCGACGGGAUCCCUCCCCCCUACGACAAGCGCAAGCGCAUGGUGGUCCCGGCCGCGCUCAAGAUCAUCCGGCUCAAACCCACGCGCAAGUUCGCGGUGCUGGGCCGGCUGGCCCACGAGGUGGGCUGGAAGUACCGGGAGGUGACGGAGGUGCUGGAGGAGAAGCGGAAGGAGAAGGCCAAGCUGCGCUACGACAAGAAGAAGAAGCUGAUG